AUGGUUGGAUUGGUGUCGGCUGCCGGUCUGGUCGGCUUUCUGUCAGAACCUGAUCCGGAGCUCAGAAGCUUUGCUCUGAAGCAGCUCGACAGCCAAGUUGAUCUGUUAUGGACCGAAAUUGCAAACUCCGUGGGCCAAAUUGAGGCGUUAUACGAAGACGAUUCCUUCCCGGAGCGCGAGCUCGCCGCCAUUGUCGCAUCCAAAGUGUACUACCACCUGCAAGAAUAUAAUGAAUCCAUGGCAUUUGCCCUCGGCGCUGGGAAGUACUUCAGAUUGGACAACCCUGGAGAAUUUGAAGACACCAUCAUCUCCAAAUGUGUAGAUUCUUUCAUCGCUCUGUCCGCCAGUCGAGAUUCUACGCUCGCCACCACCAAUGCUGGUACACAACCACAACUUGACACGGCUUUCAGUCAAGGAGGAGACGGCGCAGCCAGUAUGUCCGCCAGCUUAACAUCGCCUCUCACGCCCUUCUCUCAAUCCGUGCUUCCUUCCAAGUCCCUACUCUCGAGACAGAAUACCACGUCCUUCGACCCUACUCAAGCCGGUGUCGAGCUGGGUGAAGUUGGCUCACCGGAGCGCAUCAUUCAAGAGCGUGGUCUACAGAAAGCGCUCACCCGCGUGAUCGAGUCUCUCUUCGAGACGUGCUUCCGAGAAAAACGGUAUCGUCAAGUGGUCGGUAUUGCUUUGGAGGCACGCAACCUCGACAUUCUCCGUCGCGUGAUUAGGCGAGCCGCCGAGGACGAACGAAACGAGAAGGGUGAAGCUACAAAGAAGGGCGAAGAGCUGAUAGAGUAUGUCUUGGACAUUUGCAUGAGUGUGGUGCAAGAGCGGGGCCUUCGCAAUGAGAUACUCAAGGUCAUUUUGGAGCUCCUCAACGACAUCCCUUCCCCCGACUACUUCGCCAUCGCAAAGUGCGUGGUUUACCUUGAUCAGCAUUCUAUGGCAUCGAGCCUCUUGCGGCAAUUGGUCGAGAAGGGCGACCCCCGUUCGCUGGCCAUUGCGUGCCAGAUCGCCUUUGACCUCAAUGACAACUGCACACAAGAAUUCCUUCGAAAGGUUAAAGAGGAACUCGAGGAGCUGUUGCCCCCGAGAGAGUCCAAGGAGGCCGAUGAGAUGGAAACAGACCAAGAAAAGGCCGAAGGUCAACUACAGCAAGAACUGCAAGAUUCGGCUGGUGCACCGGCCCCAGCGGAAAAGCCAAAGCGAUGGGACUGGAACGGCGACCAAGUGGACGCGAUCAGCCGAAUGUGCGACAUUCUUUCGGGUUUCAUAUCAAUAUUCCUCAACAUCGAAUUCUUACACAAUGCCAACCGGGUGGAUCUAUCGAUAUUGAACAAGGUCAAAGACAGCCUCGAGGCCCGGUAUUCGAUCUUCCACACGGCAGUUACCCUCUGCGCCGGCCUGAUGCACGCCAAAACUGCAAACGACACAUUCUUCCGGAACAACCUGGAAUGGUUGGGCAAAGCUACUAACUGGUCCAAGUUCACUGCCACGGCUGUUUUUGGAGUCAUCCACCAAGGAAACAUCACGCAAGCUCACCGGCUUCUGAGCCCAUAUCUGCCGAAGCCGGCCGGCGCUGCCAGCUCCCACGACUCGCCCUACAGCCAAGGUGGUUCGUUGUACGCUUAUGGCCUGCUCUGCGCUAACGACAAGGGCAAAGCUGUCGGCUUUAUCCGUGACAAGUUCAAGGAAGCGACGGAGGAAGUCGUUCAGCACGGCGGUGCGCUCGGUCUCGGUAUUGCAGGAAUGGCCUCUGGCGACGAAUCCAUCUUCGAGGAUCUACGGAAUGUGCUGUGGGCCGAUUCAGCGAUCAAUGGCGAGGCUGUCGGCCUGUCAAUGGGGCUUGUUAUGCUUGGAUCGGGCAACACCAAGGUCCUGUCUGACAUGAUUCAGCAUGCUCAUGAUACCCAACACGACAAGAUUGUCCGAGGUCUUGCUCUUGGUAUGGCCUUGAUCAUGUACGGCCGUCAAGAGGGUGCGGACGAGCUGAUCCAAGGUCUCUUGAACGACGCCGAUCCGACGAUGCGCUAUGGCGGUAUCUUGACCAUUGCCAUGGCCUAUGUCGGCACCGGCAGCAACAAGGCUGUCCGGAAGCUGCUUCACGUCGCCGUCAGCGAUGUCAGCGACGAUGUGCGUCGUAUUGCUGUCCUCAGCUUGGGAUUCAUCCUGUUCCGGAAGUACAACAGCGUACCUCGAAUGGUGGAGCUACUCGCAGAAUCUUACAAUCCUCAUGUCCGAUAUGGUGCUGCCAUGGCAUUGGGUAUCUCCUGCGCCGGCACGGGUCUUCAUGAAGCUAUCGACUUGCUGGAACCCAUGCUGAAAGAUCCCACCGACUUUGUGCGUCAAGGUGCCCUCAUCGCACUGGCGAUGGUGUUGAUCCAACAGAACGACCAAAUGAACCCCAAGGUUGGCGCCAUUCGGAAAGCCAUGCUCAAGAUUAUCGGCGAUCGACACGAAGAUGCUAUGUGCAAGUUCGGAUGUGCGAUUGCCAUGGGUAUCAUCGACGCCGCCGGCCGAAACUGCGCAAUCAGUCUGCAAACUCCGACUGGCAACCUGAACAUGCUGGGUAUCGUGGGUGUCGUAGUAUUUACUCAAUACUGGUAUUGGUUCCCUUUGACACAUUUCCUGUCGCUCUCGAUGACCCCGACGGCCGUGAUUGGUCUCGAUCAGAAGACGCAAGUUCCAGUGUUCAAGUUCCAUUGCAACACCCGGCCCAGUCUGUUCGAUUACCCACCUGAACAAACAGCUGCCAAGGACGAAACACCCGAGAAGGUUAAGACUGCCGUGCUGAGUACCACCGCACAAGCCCGUCGACGGGCUGCUAAGAAAGAGAAGCAGCAGCGACGGGACAGUAUGGAUGUCGACACAGUCACGCCCGUCACGCCCAGGAUUGGCAAUGCCGACAAAAUGGAUACAGACGAGGCUGGCAUCACAGCUGCCGUGAAGGACGACUCUGAUACCAAAGACAAAGACGUCAACCCGACGUCCGAUGCUGACAAGAAAGAAGGCGAAAAUGGCACGGCCGCUGAACCUAGGAAGAAAGCGGAAAAGGAAAAGGUCGGCUACGAGAUCACUAACAUGUCCCGCGUGUUGCCUGCUCAGUUGAAGUAUCUUAGCUUCCCCGAUCCGAGGUAUCAGAUUGUCAAGCGCCCAACCGGCGGCAUUAUGGUCGUACUUGACACGGAGCCCGACGAGGACAGAGAGACGAUUCCAUUGCUGAUCAGUAGAGUCGAUCGGCCCGAGCGGACGGUGCAGCCUAUCGGGGAUGUAACUGGAGCUGAUGCAGCGACACCGCAGACACCAGCGGGCCAGAGGUUGGGUGGUGUCGAGGAUGUUGGCGCAGGAGCUGCGGCUGCCGCCGGGGUAUUGACGGCGAUCGACGAGGACGAAGAAGGGGUGGAGGAUGCACCCUGUCCAGCCGAAUUUGAGUAUGAGAGUGAAGGGGAGCAGGAGCAGUAG